AUGAAUGAGCACAACAAUUGCAAUAAUCCUUGGCCAUCCAGAGGAACAAAAAGGACUGAAGAAUCUGGAAGUGAUGGUUAGUUUGAUUCUGGAAAGGGUUUCAAGUCAAAAUCUCAUAUAUUUUCAGCUAGAGGUCAAGCAACUGAACUCGUCAGUUUUGGAAAUUCGGCAAAAGAAGAAGGUUUGUUGUUUCACAAUAAAAGCUGUGAAAAAGUUAUCCGUAAGGCUGAUUGGAGUUAUAUGAUCCUUCAAAGUUUAUCUAAUUGUUUACCUGUUUUGAAGGACAAUCGUGUUGUUCGAGCGAGGGAUUUGGUUUCGAGGCAAAAAGUGGAACCUCGGAUUCGAAUGGAAUGAUGAGAAUGAAUUCUUUGAAAGGGAGAAAUCAAAGCGAAGAGUUUGCCUCAAAUGAUGGGAUGUCAUUUUAUGGCGGAGGUUUUGGUCAAAAAAGAAAAGACGUUGCAAAGGUUCUCAAAUCGGAAUACGAGCCACCGAAAAAUGCUACUGUCAAUAGUUACUAUGCGAAAGUGGAUGUAAAAGAGUUCAGCGAAGCAUCCGAAAGUCAUUCGCAGCUUGGAAUUAAAAAAGAGUCAUUGUUUGGCGAGGCGCAUGAUCAUCAUAUUCAGCGAAGACGUCGCCAAAGAAGUUCCAGAAAAAGUUCGCGAUAUGAAAAAAUUUGCUAUCAUUGCAACGAAACUGGACAUUUUUCAAAGUUUUGCCCGCAGAAAGGUUGGUGAAAUCGUUGGAAGGUUUUGAGAAAUUUGUUGAUUUUGAGGAUUGGGUUUGAAUAAUUUUGGUGAUCAAACUGGACCCUCGAUUGGAUUUGGAGAUUCCGGUGCAACUGACGUUAUGGGUUCGCCUGCAAAAUUCCGUACACCAUCGAAAAUGUCAUUUGGUAGUCGUGCCAAAAGCGAUUAUUUCAGUGCAUAUCGUUAUAACGAUGACGGAAAUGAGCAAGGUUUGUUCUGCUAAAAAGUCGCACGUGAAGUUCCUCGUAAUUUUUUUAUGAUGAAAAUUUUCCAGAGAAAAACGUUGAUCAACUGACAAGAAAUCUCGAUGCGAUAUUUCCGAAUGUGAUUCAAGAAGAAGAAGAGAGAAAAAGUAGGAUGAAUGAAAAUGUGAUUCAUCCGAAGAGUCAAAGUAGACAUAAUGCAAGACGUGUUCCGGUUAAUUCUCUUCGAUCAGUUAAUAAUGUUUCGCCGGUUAGUUUAUUAGAAACAUGAUUUGGUUUCAAUACGAAAAUUUUAGUCGUUGCAACAGUCAAUUUUUGGUCGAAAUUCCGCAAACUCAAAUUUCGAUGGAUUCUGUAAUUCUCCAUUGGCUUCUCCAUCGAAAUCACUUCGAGAAGGUAAUUAUUUUUUUGAAUAACCGAAAUGUUAUCCUCAAAAAAAUAAUGUUUUUUUCAAGAUAGAGACAAGGAUUCGUAUCAAACUAUUGAAACACGUCGAAAAACCAUGUUAGCAAAUGGGCAAGAAUGUGAAGAAUGGACAUGCAUUAAAUUUCCAACUUCUCUUCCUCCAAAUAUCAAAGUUGUAGCAGCUCAUUUAUUACCAUCAAAUCUAUGA